CGAAAUGCUGACAGAGACCAUUUUCUGUAGACCUAAGAGCAAAUGAAAUGGGUCUUACUCCCAGCAGUGCUUUUAGAAUUUCAGCCUAGUUAACCUGAAUUUGACUGUUCCGGCAUGUUUUAAGUAACUCGGAAAUGCAAGAAGCGCUUUCUUCCCUCAGUCACAACGGAGCGGACGGAAUGGAACGCCGGCAGCUUCUAUCUCCUUGACUCUCACGCGAGACACAACAGAUGUCGGUUCAUCCGAGCAAAGACGAAGGAAUACACUUCAAAACUAAGAACGAAAUGAAACGUCUUCGGCGAAAGACACCAAUGCGCUUACAAUGGAUUUUGGAUAAGCAAGAUCUGUUGAAGGAACGCCAGAAGGACUUAAAAUUUUUGGCAGAAGAAGAAUAUUGGAAGCUACAGAUAUUUUUUACAAAUGUUAUUCAGGCUUUAGGUGAACAUCUGAAAUUAAGACAACAAGUUAUUGCCACAGCUACUGUCUACUUCAAGAGGUUCUAUGCCAGAUACUCCCUAAAAAGUAUAGAUCCAGUAUUGAUGGCUCCCACAUGCGUGUUUUUGGCAUCCAAAGUAGAGGAGUUUGGUGUGGUCUCAAAUACAAGACUGAUAUCUGCUGCUACUUCUGUAUUGAAAACUAGGUUUUCGUAUGCCUUUCCAAAGGAAUUUCCUUAUAGGAUGAAUCAUAUACUAGAAUGUGAAUUCUAUCUUUUAGAAUUAAUGGACUGCUGUUUGAUAGUGUAUCAUCCCUACCGACCUUUACUACAAUACGUACAGGAUAUGGGCCAAGAAGACAUGCUGCUUCCCCUCGCAUGGAGGAUAGUGAAUGACACAUAUAGAACUGAUCUUUGUCUGCUGUACCCUCCUUUCAUGAUAGCUCUAGCUUGUCUACAUGUGGCUUGUGUCGUCCAACAGAAGGAUGCUAGACAGUGGUUCGCUGAGCUCUCUGUUGAUAUGGAGAAGAUUUUAGAAAUAAUCAGAGUUAUCUUGAAGCUGUAUGAACAGUGGAAAAACUUUGACGAAAGGAAAGAAAUGGCUUCUAUUCUAAGUAAGAUGCCUAAACCAAAACCACCUCCAAACAGUGAAGGAGACCAAGGUCCAAAUGGAAGUCAGAAUUCUAGCUACAGCCAGUCUUAACACAUUCCAGAGACAUUCACUGUAGACCACUUUGGUUUAAGACACAUUAGGAUCUUUCCUUUGUGGAAGACGUGGACAGAAGGUUUCAAUAAUGUGUUUUCAGGAAGAACUUGAAGAAUGUUUCUGUCAAACAUAUUGAAAACAUUUCCUUAGACACACACCCAUCUGAAUUGUGGCACAGACAUACUUAAACAAAAUGUUCAGUCUCCAAACAACUCAAAAGCUUUGAAAAAGCUAGAAAAAUAAUACUAUUCACUUUAAAAUGGAGAGAGUUAAGUACUUGUUUUGUAGAGGGAAAAGGUGACGAUUUUUUUAAAAAAAAAUAUGUGUGGAGCUGGGCAGGUAUAACUGUGUUUAUUGCCCUAAUGCUACUUUUAAACACAAGAUGUGGCUUGAAAUGUCGUAUGUGAAAUCUUAAUUUAAUAGGUAUGUACUCGAUAAAUGCCAGUGGAUAUUGUAUCAGAGGGAGAAUGCAAUUUUUGUAAGGAGAUGGCACUCCUAAUAUCUCAUUCAGUAAAUGUUGGGGAAAAGUCUUAAAGUCUUGCAUUCCUCUUUUGAAUUUAAAGGAAGGUGCUCUUAGUCAGUACCUAUAAUUUUUGCUAGUGGAACUUGAAGUCCAGCAUACCCAAAAAAGUGCAAUAUAUAUAAUACAAACUAUGGGCUGGCAUAGAACAUUUCAACCUUUUUCUAAUGGUUAAGUCCUUCAACAAACUAAACCAUAUCUUGCAAUCCAAUCAAGUUUUUCAAGAAGACUCAAAAUGUAAUAGAUCUUGCCAGUAGUUGUGUCAUGUGCUGAGAAGUUAGUCUGCCUUCUUUGUUACUCUGAUUUGUAACAGAGGCUUCUUGUGAAGGCAACAAAUAUUCAUAUGAGACUCGGGAUCAUCUAACUCCACAAUACAGUAUUUAUUAAAAAGUUCCUAAAAGAAGAAUCUUAACUAGAUAGGCUCACUGGAUAGUUUCUUUUUAAGCAGAGGGCCAUAUCCUGUGAUCCUUACUCAGGCAAACAUCCCACUGAAAACAGGAUUUGGUCCAAAGCCCUUGAAUUUGAGUGAUUGUGCAUUUCAUAAGGAAAUGUGUGUUUGAUUUUAUCCUAAAACAAAGUCAAAUAAAAAUCAUUAUUACUGGA